UGUGUGACGCAUCACAGCCGAACGGACAGAAGAAUUUAACAGGCAAGAUGGCGACUUCGGAGCCGCGAGGAACUGAAAGUGAAGAAGCCUCAAAUGACAGUCCUACUCUAGCUGUGGCAAGUCCUGAACAGUACAUUAAACACCCUUUGCAAAACAGGUGGGCUCUUUGGUAUUUCAAAAAUGACAAAAGCAAAAGCUGGACAGAAAACCUGCGACUGAUCUCAAAAUUUGACACAGUGGAAGAUUUCUGGGCAUUAUACAACCAUAUACAGCAACCCAGUAAACUUGGAUUUGGCUGUGAUUACUGUUUAUUUAAGGAUGGCAUCAAGCCCAUGUGGGAAGAUGACAGGAAUAAACUUGGCGGAAGGUGGUUAAUGACCCUCAACAAACAGCAGCGACACAAUGACCUCGACCGCUAUUGGAUGGAGACGCUUUUGUGUUUAAUUGGAGAGUCCUUCGAUGAGGCCAGUGAAGACGUGUGUGGAGCUGUGGUCAAUGUUCGACCAAAGGGAGAUAAAAUUGCCAUCUGGACAUGCAACUGCCAAAAUAGGGACGCUAUUAUGACGAUAGGGCAACAAUACAAAGAGCGCUUGAAUCUCCCCAUCAAAACCCUCAUUGGAUACCAGUCUCAUGACGACACCUCUAGCAAAAGUGGCUCUACAACAAAGAACAUGUAUUCAGUUUGAAGAACACUUUCAACUUGUAGGUUUAAAAAAUUGCAAAUUUACAUCACAUUAAUACAUUUUGAGUUGUCAACUACUGUAGUGUCCUUCCCUUUUAAAGAUAAAAGAAGAAAAAAAUGUCAUGUAAUCGUGUAGUACUCCCCAUGCUAAAGAUCUGCACUUGUGGUGGAUCAUGUCCAGUGUUUUAGGCCUGCGAGGGGGACUGCAUCAGCUAAAGCUGUAUGAAUCGAGCUAGACCAUGUUUAAGGAUUCAAGAGUUGAACUAAUAAAACUUUCCUAGCUGAAAAGGUUCUAAGGCUUAGACUGAAGAUACACAAUACUUUCCUUUAACCUUUCUUUUUCUUAUAUUUCUUGUUAAGAAAAGUUUCACCCACAAGGGAAAAAAAAUGUCGACAACUUAAUCCACACAAGUUUUUUGGGCCAUGACUCUUAAGAUGCAUUGGUUGGAGGUGUUUGGCAUGAACAGCAGAUGCAGAGGUGCCUGCAGAGUGUCUAUUUUAAAGGUUUGUAACAGAUCAGCUUUGGUUGCUCUCCAAGUUUGGAAUUUGGAUGUGUGACCAUUUAUUGUUUCAGCUAUGCUGAAAUUGUGGAAUCUUGCUUGUAGACCUGUUUUCAGCUUUUGUUAACCCCAUAUCUAUUUAUGAAAUACAGUAUAUGCAUUGCAGCUGAACUACUUGGUGAGAGAAUGACUGAAAAUCAACUUUUUCCCUUCUUCCUGUUCUUUUUAAAGUUAGCUAUGUGAACUACUGCUUAAAUAUGGAACAUUUUUUACAGUAAAUGGCUAUACAUUCAACUUUUUAGGUGUACAUUUCACCUUUCACAUCUUAAUGACAUUCUAAACAUUUUCUAGUUUAUGCCACUCUAGGUGAAUUCAAAUGAAGAGUAUAUUCAUUGUGAAUUAUUUUGCUCAUAAUAUAUCAGAUUUCAGGAUGUACAUUACUUUGUUUCAAGUAAAGGUCAAGUGCUUUGCAUUAACAGAAUGAUUGUGCUGUUUCUUGUCAGUGCACACAGUAUUAAAAUCCUUUUUAAAAAAU